CAUGCGCCGCUGGCAGACGCUGCGAAGGGGCCGGCGGCGACUUUGGUUUUGCGGUGGGCUAACCACCCAGUGGCCGCCGGCCGGACAGUCAGCCCAAGCGCCGCAACCGAGGGGCCCCCCCACCCCGAGCACAGAUAAACAAUAUGCAAUUCCAAGGCUUUUGGUUGUGUUUGAAUCUCCUGCUGUUCACCUUAGUAAAAGCAGAAUUGCAGGACGAAGAUGUUGAGAUGGAGGAUUUUGAUGAAAGUUCAGAAGAAAUUGUGACCAACGAAGAUAAACUUUCCCCAGAGGUUAAAUAUAAGACACCACAACCUAUAGGAGAAGCGUAUUUCACAGAAACCUUUGAUAAUGGAAUAUUAACUGGGUGGGUGUUAUCCAAAGCAAGAAAAGAAGACACUGAUGAGAACAUUGCUAAAUAUGAUGGAAGAUGGGAAAUAGAAGAUUUGAAAGAAAAUAGAGUUCCUGGUGACAGAGGACUAGUUUUGAAAUCACAAGCAAAGCAUCAUGCAAUAUCAGCUCUGUUAUCAAAACCGUUUAUUUUUGCAGAUAAACCUUUGAUAGUUCAAUAUGAAGUAAAUUUUCAAAAUGGUAUGGAUUGUGGCGGUGCAUACAUUAAGCUUCUAACAGACAAUGAUUAUUUGAAUCUGGAAAAUUUCUUUGAUAAAACACCUUAUACCAUUAUGUUUGGACCAGAUAAAUGUGGAGAAGAGCAUAAACUUCAUUUUAUCUUUAGAUAUAAACAUCCUAAAACUGAAGUUUUUGAAGAGAAGCAUGCUAAAGUUCCAAAUGUAGACUUGAAAAAAUUUUUUUCUGAUAAGAAGACACAUCUCUAUACACUUGUGAUGAACCCAGAUAAUACAUUUGAAGUGUAUAUUGACCAAGUGAUUGUAAACCAGGGAAGCCUUUUAGAAGAUGUGGACCCUCCAAUCAACCCUCCUAAAGAAAUAGAAGAUCCUAAUGACAAAAAGCCUGAUGAUUGGGAUGAUAGAAUAGAAAUUCCUGAUAAUACUUCUGUUAAACCAGAAGAUUGGGAUGAAAGUCAGCCUGCCCAAAUAGCAGAUCCUGAUGCUUUUAAACCUGAGGGCUGGCUUGAUGAUGAACCAGAAUAUAUUGAAGAUCCUAAUGCUGAAAAACCUUCAGAUUGGAAUGAAGACAUGGAUGGCAAAUGGGAAGCCCCUCGUAUUCCUAAUCCAGCAUGUAAAAUUGGAUGUGGUCAAUGGCAGCAUCCUAUGAUUGACAAUCCAAAAUAUAGAGGAAAAUGGGAACCUCCAAUGAUUGAUAACCCCAACUAUCAGGGUGAAUGGACCCCUAGAAAAAUUCCAAAUCCAGAUUACUAUGAGGAUAGAAAUCCAUUUCUUCUGAGUUCUUUCAGUGCUCUUGGCUUAGAGUUGUGGUCUAUGACAUCCGAUAUCUACUUUGAUAAUUUUAUUAUCUGUUCAGAUAAGGAAAUAGCAGAUCGUUGGGCUGAAGAUAGCUGGAUGGUGAAAAAAUUGGUAGCAAGGGCUAAUGAGCCUGGUGUAUUCACUCAGUUGCUGACUGCUGCUGAAGAGCGGUGGUGGCUUUGGAUCAUUUAUGCUUUGACAGCAGGGCUGCCUUUAAUAUUGAUUACUUUAUUUUGUUGGCCAAGAAAGAAAAAAGAUGAAGAUGCAGAGUACAAAAAAAGUGAUAUACAUAAGCCACAAACAAAAGGAGCAUUAGAACAAGAAGUAAAAGAGGAGAAGGCAGCCCUAGAAAAUACUAUAAACCUGGAAGAGGAAAAAGAAAAUCACAAUAAUGGUGAAAUUGAAAAAGAGGAAGAAGAUGAAAUGGAAGAAAAGAGUGAAGAAGAAAAUGAAACUAUAGAAGGACAGGAAGAAGGCAGUAAAUCUAAUAAAUCUGGAUCAGAAGAUGAGAUGAAAGAAGCUGAUGAAAGUACAGGGUCUGGAGAUGGGCCAGUGAAAUCAGUACGCAAAAGAAGAGUAAGGAAAGACUGAAAUACUUUCAAGUUUUUUUUUUUUUUUUUUUUUUUUUUUUUUUUUUUUUUUAAGUUCCUGAAAGAGAAUUUUGGCAUGCCAGCAUAGCAUUGCCAGUCACUGGACUUAACUCUUUCUCCACCUCCUUCCAAUAGCCAGCUUCUCUGUUCUUAAAAUUUCUUUUAGUCUUCCUUUUGAGGAAAAACACUAUUUGUGAAGUUGUCUGGUGUUUUAAUUUAGAAUAAAAGAAAAAUGGUCAGUUGAAUAACAGAUGUAAGAGCAUAAAUAAUAUCAUUAGAAUUUAUUUAGUCUAAGUCAUUUGGAGGUAAUUUUAGUUCUUUAAAAUGUGUGUAACAAAAGAAUUUGUUCCAUCUUCUCCACCGCAGUUGGACAGAUUAAUUUAAGUAUUUUCCAUUUAAUGAAAAUGGCUAAAAUACAGCACAGCUAGUCAGAUUGCCUUUCUCAAAAGUGGGAUAGAAUUUUUUGUUGUACAGAACUAAAUGUAAUAAAGGUUUUUUGUGGUUGUA